AUGGCUCCUGGUGUCCUUCAGUCUGAGGCUCCCGCAACGCUGCCAACUCAGAAGGUUGUAAAACAGGCCGAUCACCAUGCACCUUACGACCCCAGCAACGAUAUUUAUGGCAACUAUUAUCCAGCUGACCCGAAAAGUCUAAGUCUUGAGUCCAACUUUGGUCCCAUGGAUGCAGAAUCGAUUGGAUACCUUCAACCUACCCACCGUGACACGCCAAUUGAGGUUAUGCGUGAGCGUUUCGCGCGCGAUGGCUACCUCCUCAUCAAAGAUAUCCUCCCUCACGAACCUGUCCUGAAAUGCCGUCGUGAAUACUUCUCCCACAUGAGCCCUAGUGGGCUCCUCCGCCCCGGCACCGAUCCUGUCGAAGGUACAUUCUCCGGCAAGGAUACUCGCAAAUACCUGCCCCCGGGUAACCUUCGCCGUCUCUUCGGUCUCAAAGAUGACCCUGAGAGCGACAAAUAUGCCGAGCUCAUGGUGUCUGCCCACGACGCCGACUUUUACGUCAACUUUUGCAAGUUCCCUGAACUGCGCGAGUUCGUUAGCCGCUUUACCGACUGGCCUUCUCCCCACAUGCUUCAGCGUACCAUGCUCCGGGCUUUCGUUCCCGAUAGUGAGCUCACACCCGUGCACUUUGACCAGAUGUAUCUCCGCGCCGGUCCACCCACGAGCUUGACGGCCUGGGUACCCAUCGGUCCUGUGUCGCUUGAGGGCGGUGGCCUGAUGUAUCUCGAGAACUCGACUGAUAUUGGCAUGAAGACGGAAGAUGAUUUUGCAAAGAAUGCGCACAACCUUACCGAUGAAGAGAGGGUCAGCGCCUUCAACAAGAACAUGAACGACGGCGGCUUCCUCAGCCGUGAUACUGUGACCUACGGAAAGGAGACAAAGAGGAAGUGGCUCAUUGCCGAAUACGAGACUGGCGAUGUCAUCUUCCACAACCCCUACAUGGUCCACGCCAGCUGCAAGAAUAAGGAUCCUAAUGCUAGAAUCCGUCUGGCUACGGAUCUGCGAUUUGUUGACCCAGAAAAGCCUUACGAUAGGCGCUGGAUGAAGGUUUACAGGCCCCUUGACGGUUUGUGA